AUGGAUAAAUUUACAACUGUAGAACCUCCAACUUCAGUAACCAUACACUCAAUGAUACCAAAGGGAACGAAAUUACUGAAUUCUCGUGAUUGGAUAUUGAACGAAGUCUUUAAAUCUCAUCAUCAGUAUUGGAUUUUACUCGACUAUUUAUCCAAUGUGAAUCAUGAAAAAUACAGAGAAUUGCAUGAUUUUUUGAUCCGAGCCCUUUUUGCACAUAAUAUACAAUUUUGGCAUUUUACUCAAAAAUCAGAUCCACAAGAAUGUCGUUUAGAGUUGGAUGUUGCUAUAAGAUUAAUAGAUUCAAUGCGUAAAGCAGGAGAUAUUCGACCUCCUAUGACAGAAAUUGGAAGGGUGUUGCCAUAUUUGAAUACAAAGGAUAUAUAUAAUAUGUUAUAUGAAGUGUGGAAAUUUAUAAUGGAGAAUUGGCAACAAUGUCCAUAUUCCGAUAAUUUUAUGGAGCAACAAGAGAAUAAUGAAAUCGGAGAAAUCAAUUAUGAAGAGAGGGUUCGUAACAUAAAGAUAAUUGUACAAAAGAACAUUUUAAAAGUACCAGAUGAAUUAGUUCGUUGUAUAUGUGAUGGAACGAAUAAUCAAUUACUAUCUGAAUGGAAAGAACGAGAAUCUAUUCAUUUAUUUCCUGACAAUUUUCUCUCUUCUACGGUUAAUCACCUUCAAGCUAAACUUGAAGAUUACUGGAGAGUAUCACCAGCCAUGGCACAAUCUGAAGCGAUUCAAUCAAUUGAUGUCUUUAUCAUGACGAUUCAUUAUAUUCUCAUUAAAUCUAUUCAAACGCUGGCGUCGUCACCAAAAAUUUCCAUUACAUUCUAUAAGCAAUCUUCUGGUCACAUUAUCCACGAGAUCCCUUGCGAAUCGGAUCGAAAGAUGUUUGAUAACUUUAGCGAAAUCGGAUACAACUUGCUCCAUAAUAAAAAAAUUAACGAAAAAUGUGAAUUACAUUUUAUUGAAAAAUUUAAUGGUUAUGGGUUCAGGUGGAAAAGGUACUUCGAUUACAGAAAUGAAUGCGUAAGGUUGAAUGUAUCUAUUAAAACAAAGACUGAUGAGAUACUACAAAGAGUAAAAAUUGCUUCUUUUAAUAAUGGAGCUAGUAAUAAUAAUGGUGGUGCUAAUCACAUCUAG